UACUCUGCUCCUGAACUCCGCUUCGGAAGCACGCAUUCUCUCUUAAUUUUUAUCGAUAAAUCCUAUUACUCACUACAAUGCCGCCCAAGACCAGUGGUAAGGCCGCCAAGAAAUCUGGCAAGGCCCAGAAGAACAUCUCUAAGACCGACAAGAAGAAGAAGAAGCAUAAGAGGAAGGAGAGCUACGCCAUCUACAUCUACAAGGUGUUGAAGCAGGUCCACCCCGACACCGGUAUCUCCAGCAAGGCCAUGUCGAUCAUGAACUCGUUCGUGAACGACAUCUUCGAACGCAUCGCCGCCGAAGCCUCUCGUCUCGCCCACUACAACAAGAGAUCGACCAUCACCUCCAGGGAGGUCCAGACCUCGGUCAGGCUCCUGCUGCCCGGUGAGCUCGCCAAGCACGCCGUCAGUGAAGGCACCAAGGCCGUCACCAAAUACACCAGCUCCAAGUGAGCGCGGCAACUUGAACGUCCAGCCUCGUGUGUGUGAAGAACGCCUACUCGCGCGCUCUAAUCACGCACGCAGGAUGGCGGGACAAAAGACAAAAGGCCCUUUUCAGGGCCACAAAUCAAUUCAUGUGAUAUCGUUACGAUUCACGUUUCUAUCUAACAUUGAGAGUCAAAAACAAAAACGCAAUCUUCUCGUUCAAUCAAUGAACGUAAAUUAAAUAAAUAUUACACGCACACA